GCCCUCAGCCGGCGCUCCUGCGGCCCAGUCGCCGCGGGCCAUGGGGGAGCGCCGGGGGCGAGCGGCCCUGCAGGAGGCGGCCGGGCCGGAGCGGGUAAGGGCGGGCGGGGCGCUGAGCCCCGUCGGGCGGGAGGGCUGCGGCAGUCUGCGUUGAUCGCUGCGUGUCUGCGGAGUGCUUACACAGCGGCUCGUUGUGCGGCUGCACGGGAUUCGGCCCCAGGCUCCGGCCCGGCCCCGGGAUUCGGUGGGCUCCCCGCACGGCUGGGGUCGGGCCGGGCUCCUGUGUGGGCGGGGCGGAGCCCGCCUCCGUGUCGGGAAGUGCGAGCGGGAAGGAAAGGGCAGGGAGAAUCCUCUCCUCUUUGCCUCUGUGGGCCUGAAUGGUGCUGCUGGGGAGCUGCCCGAGGCCCUUUCUGCGUCCUCAGGGCACGGUCUGCACAGCCGGAACUGAGGGCGUGAAGCUAAAGGUGUGCGGGGAGAAAUACACCUGGUCCUCACAAAGACUGGGUUCCAGCUGUACCCAAGCUGAUGGAAACUGGGAUGUGCUGUAUUUAAUACAAGACCGAAAUAUACAUCUAUACACGCACACUUAUUUCUUCCACCAGUGUUGUGCUAUUCCCCUAAUGCAGUUGAUUUGCUCUGGCCUGCCAGAAGCAAUUAGCAGAGCUGUGCUCUUCCCUCUGGGGUGCAGAACCUCCAGGCGUUGUGCCUCACCCACCACUCGGGCUGAUGCCAUCUCCCUGCAGUGCGGGUGAUCUCCCUGGUCAGGUAAACCCAUCUUGCUGCACAUGGAGCCUCCGCUGCCCAGAGCUGCCCCAGGCCUUUGGAGGCCUGUGGUUUACAUGGCAGUGUGGAAGGCAUCCUUCCUUGUGCGUCCCAAGGGCUUUUUUAGAUGUGGGCCUGUUGUGUCACAGUGCCAGCCCUGCCAGUGCUCUUCUUUUUCCUCCUUUGCUAUAACUAAUGCGGGGUACGUAGCUGAAAUCGGUGCUGGGACCGGUGCUAUUUAAUGUCUUUGUAGGAAACAGACAGUGGGAUUGAGUGCACCCUCAGCAAGUUGGCCAAUGUCACCAAGCUGAGUGGUACAGUUGACACAUUAGAGGGAAGGGAUGCCAUCCAGAGGGACCUGGACAGGCUUGAGAGGUGGGCCCGUGCCAACCACAUGAAGUUCAACAACGCCAAGUGCAAGGUCCUGCACCUGGGUCAGGGCAAUCUCAAGCACAGAUGCAGGAUGGGUGGAGAAUGGCUUGAGAGCAGCCCUGAGGAGAAGGAUUUGGGGGUCUUGGUUGAUGAAAAACUCAACUUGAGCCAGCAAUGUACGCUUGCAGCCCAGAAGGCCAACCAUAUCCUGGGUUGCAUCAAGAGAAGUGUGACCAGCAGGUCAGCAGAGGUGAUUCUGCUUCUCUACUCUGCUAUUGUGAGACCCUACCUGAAGCACUGUGUCCAGUUCGGUGGCCAACACCAACACAAGAAGGACUUGGAGCUGCUAGAGCGGGUUCAGAGGAGGGCCACAAAGAUGAUCAGAGUGCUGGAGCACCUCCCCUAUGGGCGCAGGCUGAGAGAGCUUGGGCUCUUCAGCCUAGAGAAGAGAAGGCUCUGAGGAGACCUUAUAGCAGCCUUCCAGUACCUGAAGGGGGCCAUCAGGAAAGGUGGGGAGGGACUUUUUAUAAAGGCAUGUAGCGACACAAUGAGGGGAAAUGACUUUAAACUGGAAGAGGGUAGAUUUAGAUUAGAUAUUAGGAAGAAAUUCUUCACUGUGAGGGUGGUGAGACACUGGAACAGGUUGCCCAGCAAGGCUGUGAAUGCCUCCUCCCUGGAAGUACUCAAGACCAGACUGGGCAGGGCUGUGAGCAACCUGGUCUAAUGGGAGGUGUCCUUAUCUAUAGCACGGGGUUGGAACUCGGUGAUCUUAAAGGUCUCUUCCAACCCAAACCAUUCUAUGAGAUACCUGCGUAUAUAGCCCAGCAGUUACUGCUGUAGGGCAGUGAUUUUCUGUGUAUAUGUACUAAUAUUUUCCUAGUGCGCUGAAUGUGAAAUUCAUAGGAAGAAUUUCAGUACCACUAGGCAAUCUUUGUUAUCUGUUGGGUUUAUUGUCUUCAACAGCAGCACUUAUCCUGCAGCAGUUGCAGAAUAACUGGAGUUUGUCUGGCGAAAGGCUGGGGAUGUAGAGUGGAGCCUCUGUCCUACACAGUGAGGCUGAGUGAGCUCAGCCUUCUUGGAGAGGGUAGAGGCCAUGGAGCCAGACUCUUCUCAGUGGUGCUGGUGACAGGGUAGGAGGCAGUGACAGGAGAUUCCACUUGUGCAUUAAAAAUCCACUUUCUUGCUGUUCGGGCGGUCAGACACUGGCACAGGUUGCACAGUGAGGUUGCGGAGUUCUCAUCAUUGGAGAUGCUCAGACUGCCAACCGGACACUGCCUUGAGCAACCUGUUGACUGUACUUUGCACAGCACCUUGAGAUUAAGGAAAGGACCCACGGUGCUGAAUGGAAGCAGGAGGUGUACGGGCUGUGCGAAGAUUACCUCCCCAGCUCUGUGUUCCCCCGCUGCUUUCUUGGGGUCAAAACGGCAGGACUGGGACUGCGUCAUGCUCUUGUUGCACAAGGGGAGAGCAAGGGGAGCCCUGGCAGUGAUCAGCGUCUACUGUACCUCAGAAGUAGAAAUCGGAGAGUCAUCUGUGUUUGUUCAGCUGGGUUGUACCAAGGGGUGUACCGACUUAACAAACAGGCUUGAUGGCAAGUAUUGCUCUUAUAAAAUUUUUGCUUGUAGGGAUGGAGUUCAGAACUGAGAGACAGCACCAUGUCACAGCAGGAUUUGCCUCCUGUGAAUGCAGAGACAGGGCAUGUGUGCAAAACUCCAUCCUCAGAAGAGCUUAGAUGAUAUGGGGGUUGCACAGAGAGGGAGUCCCCAGCACGGUGUGUUCUCUGUGGACCAAUUCUUCCUUGUUCAUAGAAUCAUAGAAUGGCCUGGGUUGAAAAGGACCUCAAAGACCACCUAGUUUCAACCCCCCUGCCAUGGGCAGGGUCACCAACCACUAGGCCAGACUCUCCAGAGCCACAUCCAGCCUGGAUGUUCUUGGAUUUUUUUAAAUUAAGACUAUUUUUUAAACUGGUAUUACUUUCCAGUUCUGUAGUGUGGUCCUUCUCAGGGAGCUCUCACUGUGAGCCUUUACCUCCUGGAAGCCACGCUCUAUUUCCCUGCCACUGGGACUCUCCAGUCUGUAUGUACUGCUUCCCAGCCCCCAUCUUCUGUUCCCUUUCUGUGCCCUGUACUGACAGCACUACUGGCAUGCUGUUAGAAGCCACUGGGAAAGACACACAUUCUCAUGCCUCGGUGUUAGUCUCCAGUUUUCCUGCUGUGCCCCCCCCGCCCCUUCUUCUAUACACCAGAUGUAUUUUCCAGGUUAUCUUUCUACAUGAUGGGCCCCGUGUGCUGGUUUUUGAAUGGCUCAGGAGCAUCACAGCAGGGUUAAGGAGCGGGACGGGGAUGUGUGAUGCCAGGUACGGGCCGGCCUUGAGGAGCCGUUGGGCAGCACUGUCACCUUGCAUGCGUCCCUGGCAUCUUUUGAGGGCGCAGUGCAAGUGCAGCUGCAAUUUCCCCCUUGUACUGCAGAAAAGUGUUUCCUUCGGCUCUCAGGAGGUGCAGCUGCUCAGGGACUGGUUGAUGUGAGAGGUGCGGGGCAGGAAGGCAGUGCUGCUGUCUGAGCAGUGCACAGAUGGAGGGCGAAGGGGAGAGCACCCCAGAGAAGGGUGAUGCAGCUGCCUGUGGGGAGUGGAGCUCCUCUCCGAGUGCAGCUGAAAAUGGCUUGAAACCUCACGAGGAGCCUCUUCUCAGAAAAAAUCCCCGUCGGUUCGUCAUCUUCCCCAUCCAACACCCGGACAUAUGGAAGAUGUACAAACAGGCCCAGGCCUCCUUUUGGACAGCAGAAGAGGUUGAUUUAUCAAAGGACCUUCCUCACUGGAACAAGCUAAAAGCAGAUGAGAAGUACUUUAUCUCUCAUGUUCUCGCCUUCUUUGCAGCCAGUGAUGGAAUUGUAAAUGAAAACUUGGUGGCACGCUUUAGUCAGGAGGUGCAGAUCCCAGAAGCUCGUUGUUUCUAUGGCUUCCAGAUUCUCAUUGAGAAUGUUCACUCAGAGAUGUACAGCUUGCUUAUAGACACUUACAUCAAAGAUCCUGAGAAAAGAGAUUUCUUAUUUAAUGCUAUUGAAACAAUGCCUUGUGUCAAGAAGAAAGCAGACUGGGCUCUGAAGUGGAUUGAAGACAGAGAAUCCACUUUUGGUGAGAGAGUGGUUGCCUUUGCUGCAGUUGAAGGCAUCUUCUUUUCGGGUUCAUUUGCUGCUAUAUUUUGGCUGAAGAAGAGGGGCCUGAUGCCUGGAUUGACUUUCUCCAAUGAACUUAUUAGCAGAGAUGAGGGUCUACACUGUGAUUUUGCUUGUCUAAUGUUCCAUUAUUUAGUGAACAGACCGUCAGAAGAGAGGGUCCGGGAGAUCAUUGUUAAUGCUGUUGAAAUUGAACAGGAGUUCCUCACAGAGGCAUUACCUGUAGGUCUGAUUGGAAUGAACUGCACUUUGAUGAAGCAGUACAUUGAGUUUGUCGCAGAUCGGUUACUAAUGGAGCUGGGGUUCUCAAAGGUCUUUCAUGCGGAAAAUCCUUUUGAUUUCAUGGAGAAUAUUUCUCUGGAAGGAAAAACAAAUUUCUUUGAGAAGCGGGUUUCGGAGUAUCAACGUUUUGCUGUUAUGGCAGAAACAAUGGACAAUGUUUUCACUCUGGAUGCAGAUUUUUGAUGCCUUGGCAAAUUAACAGUGACUGACUCCCCCUCCCCGUCUCACUUUCUGCUGUGAAGUUGUCUCCAUUUCCUCUGCUGGAGUUGGAGUCUGCUGGGAUUUUUUCCUGGGUUUUCAUGUUGCUUUUUUUUUGAAGAGUAAAUACAUUUUGCUCUGUGUCAUUAAAAAAAAAAAACACAAAACCAAAAGAAAGCAAAAGGGGUUCUUUUUAAAAACUUUGUAAGGCUUUUUAAAAGGAUGGCCUUUUUAAGAUUUCUGUGGUUAAUCUGCUGUAAUUGCUGUCUUUAAAGAUGAUCUGGGUACUGCUCCUUUUUUAAAGACUUCAGUAGUGUUUUAAGAAAGCAAGCAGCUUAUUUACCUCCUACUGUAGUACUUUAGUCUGAAAAACAGAUGAGGUAUCACUCUAUGUAUAUACGUUACUAUAAAUUAUUUUCAUGGUUACUAUUUUCAUGUUUAUAAAUCUGAUCAACAGUAAAAGCUCUUCUCUUUUGUCCUGCUGCAGAUAGAGUAAUAGGGGACUAUGAGAAGACAUGAGUUCAAUAAGGUAGGAGCUUGUUGUUACACCCAGGGAUACAGUUUGAUCUCUGCAUUAACCUGGGUUCUAUCUGAAACAGUUUUUACUUAGUUGGCAAACACUAUGACUGUCAGUAGGAGUACAAAACAAAUACAUAGGAGGUUUGUAUUGCAACUGUUAUCAAGCAUGUCAGUGGACCUUGAAUGGUCCUUGACAAAGCAAGCCUGUUAAUAGUGGAGAAAAAUACACAUCCUGUAGUUCUCUGGCUUAUGCUGUUUUUCACUGCUUCUAUGAACAAGUGCCUUACAACACAGUUUGUGGUUCUGCCGUGCUGCACAGCUGGAACAGCGAGCACUGGGUGUUGUCAGUACUUUCUCUGUUGUGUUAGGUGGAUGUUCUCUCCUUCUCCAUUUCACUGUGCAUUGAUGAGAGGGAGAAGGCAUAUUGUUGCAAGGGAUGGUUCCUUGAGGUGCUACAAACAUGCUGCUUGAGCUGUGGAGAAGCACCAGUAAUUUACUGAGGUACUUCAGUUUGUGUGUUUAAUGUGAACCUUUAGAAGCAUUGUCACAGCAGAGCUUCUGCAUUAAGGUAUUAAACCUUUCAGAAUCAGAUCUUGAAGUAGCAUGGGUUGGCAGCAUCUUACAAAGGACUGCUGUUGGGUUUUUAGUGUGUUCCAGUUUAUGUCCCCAAGAUCUGACGUUCCUUUAUACUGCAUGUAGAGAAGAGAGCAUUUGAAGAAGACCUUAAAAUACUGCAGUGAUAGGGUGGAAGGGAUAUUACUCAUGUACAGGUGGAUUGUUUGCAAAUAGAGAGCUUCCCCCCCCCUCCCCCCAGGAUGACAUAAGUGUAAAUGAGCUAGACAAAGAGUUCUGUUUUAUUAAACCCAAGCAUUUUUUCACAAGAUUUAGCAAUUUGCAUAAGAGCUUUUGUAAGUCCUUUCUGUUGUUGCAGACAUCUUAUACUGCUUUAAAUAUACCUGGCAUGAGAUGAACUGGCAGCGUUUAGUGGUGGUGGGGUGGUACGGGGUUGUUUCCCCACCAGCCCAGGUUAUCCACAGCCCCAGGUAGUUGUGCUCCAUGAAGUGAGUACACUGCAAUAGCAUAGCUCCUAGUGAACAGCUUUCUCUGCUGUGAACGUUAGCAGCAAAACUGACUUUCUGUUUGGCCGCAGUAAGAUCAUGGAAUACUUAGUGAGCGUAAUGAACAGGGCAGCUUUUUGUUUUUUCCUAGAGAAGAGCUUGCAUCAGUUGAGAUAAAGUACUUGUGGGGAUAGAGGGAGACCUGGAAAAUACAGAGAAAAAAAUAGUUCUGCUGUCGCUAAGUAAUGGUCUAUAACUGCAAGAGAACUGUGGAAUCCAGAGUUAAAAUCCAGCACCUUUUGCAAAUACUGUAUUGAUGUUGGAGAAUAUGCUGUGAACGGUUCAGUUGUUGGAGGAAUGGAAAAAGUUUUGAUGUCACUAAAGGAAAUAAAAAGCAUUUGCUUUGAGUGCUGUCAAUUGGGAGUAUACAAACUGUGCUCAGGUUUUCUAAAUGUACAUGAGAUACCAAAGUGAUCACAGCUCAUACUCUGUUUGUGCGUAAAAUAUCUGUGUUGUUUCAAUAACACUUGAACAUGGACAGGAA